GGAAUGACGGCAAAUUUGCUUCCAUCGAAUCCAUCCCGCUGCUGCGGCCGGGAAUUUCUUCCUUUUGCAACCCAUCGACCCGAAUCCGAAACUCCAUUUGGCGCCAUUUCCCCUACGUUACAUUCUUCAAAAACCCCCACAUAAUGCCCAGCUGCCCAUCAACCUGAAUUGAAUCCUAUGACGCCACAGAACCUCUUGGAAAACCUCUCGACCAUCCAGAAAUGCAGCACCGGCUGCCCAAUCCUCGACCGCUGCCUCGGAGGCGGCAUCCCCUGCAAUUCCGUUACCGAAGUUGUUGCUGAGAGUGGCUCCGGUAAGACCCAAAUAUGCCUCCAACUUGCUCUCCAUGCCCAACUCCCCGUUUCCAGCGGAGGCCUCGCCGCCUCCUCUCUCUACCUCUACACUGAGUUCCCUUUCCCCUUUCGCCGCCUUCAUCAACUAUCCGUUGCAUUUCGUUCUUCUAAUUGUAGAAGCGACGAAAACCCUUGUGAUGAUAUAUUUGUGCAAAGUGUACAUUCUGCAGGCGAACUGCUCGAUAUAAUGUCCAAGACAGAAUCUUUCAUAGAAAAUUCGAGAACCCGGCUGCCCGUUAGGGUUAUUGUGAUUGAUUCGAUUGCUGCUUUAUUUAGGUCUGAAUUUGACAACACCCCAGUUGAGCUUAAGAGGAGAUCAUCGUUGUUCUUCAAGAUUUCAGCUAAGUUAAAGGCGUUAGCAAAGAGGUUUAAUUUAGCGGUUUUGGUUACUAAUCAGGUGGUAGAUUUGGUAGUACCAGAUGAGGGGAUAAAUGGGUUGAGGAUUGGGAAUUUGGGGUGUUUGUAUUCAUCUGGAAGACGAGUUUGUCCUGCUUUGGGUUUAGCUUGGGCUAAUUGUGUCAAUUCAAGGUUGUUCUUGUCCAGAUAUGAGGAGGUUGUUCACGAAGAGAAUGGAAAAUCAUACGAGGAAACGGGUGGUGUGAUGAAACAAAUGAGGCAGCUUCAUGUUGUUUUUGCGCCCCAUUUGCCUGGUUCAUCUUGUGAAUUUGUGAUCAAGAAAGAAGGGGUGUUUGGAGUUGAAAGAUGAAGGUCUAAUUUCAUACAAUACAAAAUCACAAGGACUUCUGGGCUCUGAAGAUAGCAGUGUGUAAUGCUUAAGUUUUAUUUGAUUAUUUUGUUGUAGAUGUUUGAAGAGAAAGGGCAUCAUGCACUACUCUUUCCACUAUUUCUAUUUUGUUGUGAAUACCAUGGUUUUAUUGGCAAUUUGACAUGUUCCAUGUGAGACCUCAAAAGUUUAUUCCUUGCAUUAAGCUUGGCAUUUAUUCUUAAAUUACUCUUCUUGGUUUGUUUAUUGUUCUUUUUGUUACUAGUAGAUUUUCGAAUUUUUACCGACUGAAGUUUUCUUUGGUAAUAAAGUUGCUUGAGUUAU